UUGCCUCCCGACUGCCCGAUCCAUAGGAGGAUCGCACUGACUUGCUGCUUGUAGCUGCCUUUCGAUUGUAGCUCAAGUUUGCAGUGAUUUAGUCAAGUAUCCGCCACCUUUGAGGGAAAUUUGAAAUGUUCGUCUUGAAGUUAUGCAGGUGUAUCAUACUAUACUCGCUCCUUAGCCAGUAUGUAAUGGCUAAGGAAACAGUUGAAGAUGCAGCCAAACUGACUAGAAAGCUGGUUGACCAUGCGACCGAGGCGGUUGGCAUCAUGGCUACUGUCUAUCCGGCUGACCACCCGACUUUGGCAGGUCAACCAUUUUCGUUGCAGGAGUACUAUGCAAGCUGUCACUCAAAUGGCUCUCUCACCCUAUUAUUCCUGCCCAUCUCCCGCCAUAGUCAGAACAUUAUUCAUUCCCCGACUCAUUCGGCAUCCAUAUCAAUCGGGAGUGAACAUCCUACUGCGAGUCGUCCCCGAGUUUCACUGAUCGGAAAUGUGACCGUGUUUAACAAGCUGGAUGAAACACCCAACAGAGGUGAAAUCGAAUCCUGUUAUAUUGCCAAACAUCCCGAUGCCAAAUGGUGGUUGCCUGGCCCAAGAGAGCCCCAUGUAGCGUAUUGGGCGCGAUUCGAUCCCCAUACGAUCUAUUUUGUUGGGGGUUUUGGAGAUAGACAUUAUAUUGGUUAUGUCCCUCUGGAACUAUAUCAGAGUGCGACUCCAGCGCAAGACACGGUUAUAGAUGUACAUGUGAUACGUACUAGUCGAGAUGGACUCGAAAAGGUCGUGACAGGAGCCCAUCUGCACUUGUGAAAGCUUGACCGAAUUUAUUCGCUUGUUGGUAUGCGGCCGUUUCAACGAAACUCAAGAGAGAUACCUUCAAAUCUUCGACUUGCUGUGUCAACUCCUGACUGCGUGAACGUGUUGCGAACGACUGCUGUACCGCCUGAAUCAACUGCCCACUCUCUA